AUGCCUCCCAAUCGCCGCCGCCGCCGCGGUCACGAGUCUGAACACGAUGAUAAUGUGUUCAGGUUCCGGGAGGACAAGGAGCAUGAGGCUAAGCUUGCAUCUGCACAAACGCUGCUAGAGGCGUCGUCGUCCUUGCCUGCCUCACAGGCAGAGGCAUUACCUCAGGUGUCGCAGCUAUCAGUAUCAGGACACUGCCUUUCCUCGCCUCCAGUGUCACGCAUAUGGGAGCGGCUGCGGCGUGAUUGGGGACGCCGGUUUUAUAUCAGGCUCGAUCUUCAGGGAUAUUUCCAUACGAAUCCUGAUGUGGGUGGGCCAUUUCAGAACUUAGAGGAAACCGACAAGGCCAUUGAUCGCUAUCUCGAGGACCGCCGGGAUCCAAAGAUGUGUGUGGAGCAAGAUAAGGCUAUAAGACAAUGUCUUUACUGGCCUGAUGGCACAAUCAAGAGGCGUACAACAUCAGCUAUAACUGAGAAAUCCGAAAUGUGUCAAUUUGUUCAAGCUUUAGUGGACAAGUAUAAUGAGGAUUAUAAUCUUUUGGAGGAUCUUGCACACGAAUUCAAAGACGUUUUACACUAUCAGUCAAUUUGUGAGAACCUGACUUUGUACUAUCAUCUCAAUUUCACUACAAAGAUUAAAGGGGGUGGUCCUAAUGAAUGUAGUAUGGAUAAUCUUUUCUUUGUGGAAGUGAAAUGUAUGACACAAGGAAAGUUUAAAGAACAGGUGGUUAACUGUUUCUGCACAGUUAAUCUGAGUGACAAUGGUCGCUGCUAUGGUUGCACCAGAGAUGGAGAUGUUGGUAUGAAGCACCCUAACAGUUCUGAUGGAUACAGUGCUGGUCACUUGAAUGUGGGUUUGCCAUUUGGAUACUUUGCAAAGUGGAAGAGGGAUUAUGAGGAUGAGGAUGAGGAUGAUGAUAAAUAUGUGAAAGCUAGGGAAGCUGAGCUAAGGGAGAUGUUCAAGGGCUUUGAUACAACCCCACCAACUACAGCUAUACCACCACCCAUUCCACACCUGAAGCUAGGCCAGCAAUUCACAAAUUUUAUACAAGAAGGGAUCACAAUGUGCUGA